AUGACUUUGUGUUUGUUCGCCGCAAUUUUAUCCACCAUAGCCUGCAUCGCUGUGUCGGUGACAUGGUGUCUAAUCCCAAAAUGGCGUACCCUUCACAACUUCAUCAGUUUACACCAGAUUAUCAUCGGAACGUUGCACCUCUACUCCAUGACGAUAAAUACGAUAUUCUUCGCAGACCGGAGUAUGCUGUUCAUCGAUAUCAAUGGAUAUCUUUUCUUGACGACUCUAUCCUGGACAUUUUGCGCGUCCACGUUGGCUUAUUUGAGACUGGGAUUGGUGUACAUGAUGAAGAUCAGCUUCGAGAAGCGGAAAGCGGCUCUCUUCGCAUAUGGUACAACUAUCGUAUGCAAAAUAGUGACAGAUAUAAUAGUCCCGAACAUUUUUCCAUUGAAGAGUCUCUUCUUGAUCGGUUUGCCGAGAAUGUUGACUGUGUACAUAAUUUUAGGCGCAAAUUUCUUUCUUUUCGUGUGCGUUACGAAGUCUGUGAUUAAAUCUACGAGCAAUCUGAGCAGAGCCAGGGGCAAUAGGAUCGUUGCGUUGGUGGGUGUCGCCAUACUGUCGGAUAUAGCUAUACACACCUAUACGACGUCCCUGUUGAUACACCCGCUUCUUUCCAUGGUCCUAUCGCCUGUUUUGUAUUUGCGGCUGAUACCGCAGGCUCUAGUGGUACUAUUCAACCGGAGAUCAAGGGAACAAUGGACAGACUACUUGAAUAAGAGAAAAAGAAGUACGAAUCGCGCAAUGGAAUUACAAAUUCGCGUGUGA